AUGUCUCUGAGGGCAGACGCAGCACAGUGUGGAGGGGUUGUGGUGGAGUUUGAGAGUGAUGACAUCAGGCAGGCCAGGAAGGCCAGAAGUAUAACAGGGUCUGCACUCAUCUACCUCAAGGGCCCAAAGUUCCUUAUCUAUGUCAGUGGAGCACUGUCCAUGUGGGGUGACCGCAUGUGGCACUUUGCCAUCUCCGUCUUCCUGAUCGAGCUCUAUGGCCGGAACCUGCUGCUGACUGCUGUGUUCGGCCUUGUGGUGGCCGGGUCUGUUCUGCUUCUCGGGGCGCUGAUCGGAGACUGGGUUGACCGUAACCCCAGAAACAAAGUGGCCCAUGCAUCCUUGUUCAUUCAGAACAUUUCCGUGACCGUGUGUAGCAUUGUGCUGAUGCUGGUAUUUUCAUACAAAAAGUGGAUUGAGCAAAUUUGGGAUGGCUGGCUGACUGUGGUUUGUUAUACGGUGGUGAUCGUCCUGGCAGAUGUGGCUAACCUCGCAAGCACGGCCCUGACUAUCGCCAUCCAGAGGGACUGGAUUGUCGUCAUAACUGGCUACAACCGUGGCCACCUUGCUGGGAUGAAUGCCACGAUGAGGCGGAUUGAUCAGGUGACCAACAUCCUGGCACCGCUGGCGGUGGGACAGGUCAUGACCCUGGCCUCCAAUGUGGUGGGCUGUGGCUUUAUCUUGGGCUGGAACCUCGUGUCCCUGAUCGUGGAGUUCAUAUUCCUGUCACGGGUUUAUCGAAUUGUCCCUGCGCUCUCAAUCAAACCGCAGGUGGACGAAGGAGAAGACCUGGAGGAAGACCAGGACUUCCUGGAGAGCCAAGGAGACAGGACAAGCCCACAAGGUGACUCUGCUCUAAGGGCAGCCCCUGUACUCACAGAGGAGAACUGCAACAUCAGCCUGAACCUGACGGAGAUCACCAACCUCCCUCUGUGCUUUCAGAGGUUCAAGUGGCUCCUGAGCACCUGCAAGGACGGCUGGAGGGCGUACUACCGCCAGCCCGUCUUCCUGGCGGGCAUGGGCCUGGCCUUCCUCUACACCACGGUGCUGGGCUUCGACUGCAUCACCACCGGCUACGCCUACACUCAGGGAAUCAGCGGCUCCCUCCUCAGCCUGCUCAUGGGCGUGUCAGCCAUCACGGGCCUGAUGGGAACGGUCAUGUUCACCAAGCUGAGGAAGGCCUACGGCCUGGUCAACACGGGGGUGAUCUCCAGCUGCCUGCACCUGGGCUGCCUCCUGCUGUGCGUCUGCUCCGUGUUCGCUCCUGGGAGCCCCGUGGACCUCAGCCUGCUGAUGCCACUCUCUGAGCCCAACGCCACCACGGCCGGACCCGGGACCGGGCAGAGCCAGAAGCACACCACCUGGAUCCAGGGUGGGAGCAACCAGCCGCUCCUCCCGGACCGCUCGUCCAUCCACUGGACCAACAACACGGUGCUGUUUGACAACGUCCCGUCCGGCAGCACUCCGGAGUCCUACAUCUCCAUCAUCCUGCUGUUCCUGGGGGUUAUCACGGCCAGGGUCGGCCUGUGGUCCUUUGACCUGACCGUGACCCAGCUCCUGCAGGAGAAUAUCUGUGAGUCAGAGCGGGGCGUGGUCAACGGAGUCCAGAGCUCCAUGAACUACCUCAUGGACCUGCUGCACUUCAUUAUGGUCAUCUCCGCACCCCAACCACAGCACUUUGGCAUUCUGGUCAUCAUCUCUGUGCUCUUCAUCACCACUGGGCACACCAUGUACUUCCUGUACGCCCGGAAGGCCAAGAGGAAACACCAGCUGGAUACGUAA